AUGUCUACCGCCGAGCUCGCAUCUUCCUACGCGGCCCUGAUCCUUGCCGACGAUGGCAUUGAGAUCACCGCCGACAAGCUCCAGACCCUGAUCUCCGCCGCCAAGGUCGAGGUUGAGCCCAUCUGGACAUCAAUCUUCGCCAAGGCUCUUGAGGGCAAGGACAUCAAGGACCUCCUGGUCAACGUCGGCUCCGGUGGUGGUGCCGCCGCUGCCCCUGGCGCUGCCGCCGCCGCUGGCGGUGCUGCCGCUGACGCCCCUGCUGAGGAGGAGAAGGAAGAGGAGAAGGAGGAGUCCGACGAGGACAUGGGUUUCGGUCUCUUCGACUAA